CGCACAUGCGCAGUACAGAUCGGGCAGGGGGACAGAUCGGGUAGUGACAGUGACUAUAAUAGCUAGCCUUUAAGCCUUGAAAAUGAGUUUGUUUUUGCCUAAAUUAACUUGCAAAAAAGACAUUGAUGAAGUUAUUAAAGGGGUAGCAGAAAAAGUCGUAGUACUGAGGUUCGGCAGAGAUGAGGACUCGAUUUGCCUCCAUAUUGACGAGAUUCUGUCAAAAACUGCCCAUGACCUGAGUAACAUGGCGUCCAUCUACAUCGUGGAUGUGGAUAAAGUGCCUAUCUACACAAGAUACUUUGACAUCAGUUACAUCCCCUCCACUGUUUUCUUUUUCAACGGACAGCACAUGAAAGUGGAUUAUGGCUCCCCAGAUCACACCAAGUUUAUUGGCAGCUUCAAGACCAAACACGAUUUCAUGGAUCUGAUAGAGGUCAUUUACAGAGGAGCCAUGCGUGGAAAGAUGAUUGUCCAGAGUCCCAUAGAUACUCAAAAUAUUCCCAAAUUUGAUCUCCUUUACCAUGGGAUUUAAAAUCAACACCUCCACCUCGUGGCCUUAUCCUCAAACAGAUUUCACUGAGUGGCUUCGACCACGUCUGACUGAUUUACUGAAUGGCUUUAAUGUCAAAGUAGCUUUAACAUUCAAGCAAAUAUCUGAAGAAAGUUUGAUGAUAAAGCGUCUGAUGUUCAUUUUCAUAUAGAAUUGAAUUUCCAAAAUACACUGCUGUUUACUCCUUGUCCUUUUGCUGUGUUUAAAUGUUCCUUGUUGAGUUUUUGACUACUGUUUACAAUAUAAAACUAAAUAUAUAUUUUUUUAUCGGUCCCAGUUUCCUUGUCUCUCAUGCACGCAUCGGGGCACACAUUCUAGCCAAUGGUUUCACAAUAUUAUCCUGAUCUACAGGUAACAUUGACACUCAAGUGAAGGCACAUUGGGAAAAUAAACAAAGAGUCAGCAGGCUUAAUACAGAUCUAAAAUGAAUGUUUUACAUGAUUUUCAAAAUGUUUUCUGAGGAAGGAAAUGCAUUAUAGAAAGAUGUCUGUUAGCCCUCAUGAAGACUGAUUAACACUGUUAACAUAAACGUGAACAAGAAAAGUCCAUAGGGCACCUUUAAAAGUACAUUAAGAUCUGACAGUACAUUCAAUAAAACAGGCUUUCUUCAAAUGUGUUUAUUUAUAAAAAGUAAGACAUUUCUAUCUUUAAAAAUAUCUUAAUAUUUCCAUAAAUGUUGCUGUUUUCUAAAUCUUUAUCAUCAUAUUGUCUAUUUCUUAUGUUUGAUGGAGAAGAUGAGCAUUUUUAUAUACGUCCUUGAUUUGUUUGAAUUUAUUGUUGAAUCAUAUUAUCUUGUUUCCCAUGUAAAACAGCAGAAAUUAUGCAAUUGUUUUUUCCAAUGUAUGUGCUCAGUUUUUAUAAUAAACGUCUUCAUUAUUUAA